UAAUGAACUGCAAAAUGUCAACAAAAUCGAAGAACGUGUUUGACGUGGCCACAGACAAAGUUCCAUAGUUUUAUAUUCUCCUAACUAUCGGUUCAGUAUAAGAUGUUGUAAAAUUCAAGACUUCACUCUCCUGCAUAUAGUAGAUAUAGGAUUGAGAGCAGACCACUUUUGGGAUACGUGUGAAAUAAUGCGUUUGAAGAAAAAGAAAGUUGUUUUAGUCACAUUAACAUUAGUGCUGACAUGGUUUUUUGUUAUUGUUGUUAUUUUCCCUUCGAACAACAUGAAAUCAGAGCUACCAAUAAGUAACUCAUGGAACUUUUUAGAAAUCUUCUCAAAGAAGCGGACGUUUAAUAUCGAAAAACCAAAUACAGCGAAUAAAGGAAGUAGAAUUAUCCCCGAAGCUGGAAGUCCGUAUAAAUGGAGAGUUGGAGAGAUUUUAUUAAAUUCAAAAUCCGAAAAGAAGCAAUUAAACCCAAUUAUUCUAGGCAGAAGUCAGCACGAGAAUAUAAAUUUAAAUGCAGAAAAUUUGCCAAACAAUCAAGUGAAACUCACUCACACAGAGAGACAGAAAUAUGAUCUUGAAAAAGAUCUUAGACUGAAGAAGAUAGUGAACAAUUCUGACUUAAAGAGGAUCUGGAGUAUAGCUGCUAAAUGGGUGACCGCCAGGCAUAUUAUUCCUGAGCAAGCACCAGAAUUAGGGGACAUCUUACAUGCUAUGGCAUCAAGGCCAAUAACAAAGGCAGAUGUAGGUUACAAAGGAACUCAGCUAAAGGUCACCCUAUACCUAGCCGGAGGUCAAGUAGUAGUUUUUAAGCCCAAAAGAUUCUCUCGUGAUUAUGUGAUUGAAGGGUCUCCUGUUGCAGGCUAUGACAGACAUAACGGAGAAAUAGCAGCAUUUCAUUUGGACAGUGGAAUAUGAAAUCACAGCUUUCCUGUUACACUAAAGAUUGUCUACUGUACUACAUGAGCGCAGCAAGCGUGUGUUGCCGGACGAACUACAAGGAACAUUAAACUGUCAUCACUGAGUGAUGAGUUUAUGGCAUGAAUGUUUGAUUUACUUUAGGGGGCACAACACUAACAAUGAUAAACUAAUUUCUGUGACAUGUUGUUUCAUUUGGAGGGAGCACUUAGUACCUGGCCUGCUUUUAACUUAAAACAAAAUGUAUGUGGUGUUAAAGAAUAUGCGGUGCUCACUUUAUCAUGUUCACUUUACAACACAGUGUUGAAUGAGGAAGAUUUUUUUUGUUGUAGAUGAUUGUUAUCAGAAAGGGACAUGGUUUUAAUUUGUAAGUGUAGGGCCCUGUAGGUAACAUAUGAUGCCAAACAACUUCAAGAAGAUCUAGAUAAAGUAGUGGAAUGGUCUAAUAAAUGGCAGAUGAAAUUUAACCCUAACAAAUGCCAAGUGAUUAAAAUAAGCAAUAAAAAAAAAACUCUCAGCAUUAUAAAUAUAUAAUGAGUAAUGUUAUUCUCCAAUCAACAUAACAAAUCAGUUAUCUUGGAGUUGAGCUUACCAACAAGAGAGUGAACUACCAAACCUGGUUCUGGUUAAUUCCUCUUUUCUUAGUAAGUCAGUAGUUAAUUUAGUCUUUUAUCAUUGAGUCAAAGAUUUUAGAGUUGGUGUGAACUAUAAUAAAUUUGGUUUUUCUUAGUAAUGUCAGAGUUAAUAGUGUACUAGUCUUACUUUUUUGUCAUUGAGUCAAAGGUGUUAGUGAACUGCUAUAAAGAAGUUAUGGUUCUAGUUGUUUUUAAUGUCAAAAGUAGUGUACACUGUAGUAUUUUAUAUUUCUUUUACAUAGACAGUGAAUUCUAAAAUACAACUUGAAGUAUAAUUAUGACAUAAUGAGUCAUGUUGGACUCUAGGUCAAUUUGAUAUUCAAGAAAAUGUGUACUGUAUACAUAGGAAAAUUUAGGUUUUACAGUGUCUAUAUAUUUCACAAUAGCAAAUGUUCUGACUGACUUUAGGCACAUUUUGUUAUGCUAUUUUUCAGAAUUCAUAGGGAAAUCGCCAUCUUCAAAUGCAAUUAUCCUGAAAUUAUGUUUUCAAACAUUUGAAUUUCAAAAUUAUCUUAUUCUGGUUGUACUUAACUGAUUUUGAUUCAAAGCCCAAAAUCAAGCCUAAUAAUGUCAUCUAUUUUAAGUUAAUCAUUUUAAUGUUUGGUACAAAAGAAAACCAGUUUUGUAACAAGACGACAUUAAUUGUGCUAUGAUAUAAAAACAUCAAAUGUAGCAUAA